GUGGAGCGCUGCUAAGGGUCUUCUUUCGGGCUGAUGUUAUGGAUAUGUUAGGUACACUCACCAUUCCCCGGCCGCAAUACCCACCUCAGACUUGGGAGAUGUAAUACAGGGUUGUAGGCGACCUAUGGCACACAACAACGGACAUCGACGAGAUCAUGGACAGGUUGGCGCGGUGGCAGCAAUCGGGAAACUCGUUCACGAGCGUGGCGUAUCAGCAAGUUCUGAGUAUCAGUCAGGCGAGGGAGGUCGUUACGGAUGUGUAUGAGGAGCUGCCUGGGCUGUAUGGGUCGAUGCCGUUGCCGACAAUGGAGCAGAUCUAUGGGAGUGCGUUGAAGUGUCGGAAUAUUGGGAAAUUGCAGGCUAUGUUGAUUGCUGGCGAUUUCUAUUACUACGGCUGGACAUCAGGCAACGACAUGGGCAUCUCCCUCGAUCCCGGCGCCAGCCGCGGUCUAGCAAAACUAGGCGUGUCUACCCACGACUUGGAACGAUUCCACGAGUUGGUGCAGGAAGAAGCUGAACGGCAGAAUCUUGUGGAUGUGGAGGUGGACGAGAUUCUCUUUGAGCAUGCGCUUUGCAAGUUCCAUCGAGAACGGUUGGGCGGACUUCGGUCUGGGACUAGGAGGAGACCGAGACCGAGGAGGGUGCCAUUACGAGCAAGACCAAGCCCAAGGGCGGUAUCGUCCGAAGCCCCACCAGCCCGAGGACGGAUCUCAAAGUGGUGGGAACUCCAGCGGAUGUGCAACGUCGCGACCCCUGCUACAUUUUCGAGAUGGAGGCAACUGCAGCGGAUGUGCGAGGUUGAGGUGCCUGAUGGGUUGUUUUUGGGAGUCUAUGUGCGGGCAAAAUACAGAAUUCGGCGGGGUGAUAUAGAUACUAGAGAGCCAUAGAGUCGUAGUCUCGUACAUAGCGGGAAUUGUAACGUAAGAAUCGGCGGCUUGGAGCGCUGUACAGUACGUUUGAGAUUGAUGGGCGGCACCGCGGGGAAGCCACCAAAGCGUCACGGUGUUUGCAGAU